GCAGAAGCAAGGAUAUCGAGCGUCAGCUUCAACCAAUCCAUGAUGACUUCCUCUGCAUUCUUUUGAAAGAAGAAAAACAAUUUUAGCCUCCAUGACAAAUCCCUGCUCUUCCACUGUUUAAACGCCUCGGUGGUGGGUUCGAGGGCUGGUCACUAAGAAUGCAGGGGAUAAAUGCCAAGAGUGAAGCUUGUAAAUAGUUUAUAUUGUUGUUUUUAAGAUUUCUAUCCAAGGUUUUUAUUUUUUCAUUUAUUCCCAAAUAAGAGCGACAAAGAUAUACCCUGUAAUUAUUGGUCAGUAAUCCUCUUACGGAGCUAAAGAGGUGGAAGAAGCUUGCACAGGGCGGAGGACCGUCCCUUUCUGGAGACUUGGAUGGAGAACAGCCGUAGGUGGCUUUAAAUCACACUGAGGAUUAACUCAUCGUGGAGGCUGAACUGGGGGAAGUGCUAGGUGCAGCGGUACAAAGACCUGUCUGCUGAGAUUUGAUCUGAGUUCCCUAUCUCAGCCACUUGAUCGCUCUCACUGCAGAGACGUUUGCUCAGCUAAAUAGAGCAAGCUGGCUUAAUGCGGAGAAAAGCUCCCGUAGUUGUAAGGCUCGCCGAAGGAGGAUGGCUCCAUCUGCACUGACUGAAAGGGAAAAACAAGCAACUGUGUCCUGUGAAGGGCUUUUCGAGACCUGCUUUGGAAUCUGACUGUCUCUGCAUCGUUCGUGUUGGAUUUUUUUUUACAAGGCGCGUCUGUGGAUUCAAAAGGCACUCGUAUACAAACCUAUGGUAUUUUGUUUGAGCGCAGGGGGGAAAUGGGCUGUGCGGAGUUGUGCGGCAAGAAAACCAGCACACCUUGUAUUGACACUGAAUAUCGUGAAAAUCUGAUGGAACAAAACAAAACCAAAGCAUGGGGAAAAAAUGAGGAGUGAGAAGACUAUAUUUCCCUGACGCUCAGUAAACUGAGCAGGGCUGAUGUUCUUUCUGCAAGGUGUUUGAACCUGACUUACAAUGGAAAAACUGCUUUUCUAUCUGCUGGUCAUUGGCAUGGCAGUUAAGGCCCAGAUCUGUCCAAAGCGCUGUGUCUGUCAAAAUUUGUCUCCCAACCUUGCAACACUCUGUGCCAAAAAAGGGCUUCUAUUUGUCCCGCCGAACAUCGACCGGCGUACCGUGGAGUUGCGUCUGGCUGAUAACUUUGUUUCAAGCAUCAAACGGAAAGACUUUGCCAACAUGACCGGCCUGGUGGACCUUACCCUGUCUAGGAAUACAAUUAGCUUCAUCACUCCUCAUGCUUUUGCUGACCUCCGCAACUUGCGGGCCUUACAUCUAAACAGCAAUCGAUUAACUAAGAUUUCCAAUGAUAUGUUUAGCGGUCUCUCCAACCUCCAUCACUUAAUUGUAAACAACAACCAGCUCACCCACAUCUUCUCAGAGGCUUUUAAUGAUGUUUUGGCAUUGGAAGAGUUGGAUAUAUCCUAUAACAACCUGGAAACCAUCCCUUGGGAAGCCAUUGAGAGGAUGGUUAGCUUGCACACACUCAGCCUGGAUCACAACAUGAUUGACUACAUCCCUGAGGGAACUUUCUCCAAUCUCCACAAGCUAACACGCUUAGAUGUUACCUCCAAUAAACUCCAGAAACUCCCACCAGAUCCACUCUUCCAGCGUGCUCAGGCUCUGGCUACAUCAGAUAUCAUGAGUUCUUCAUCUUUUGCGCUAAGCUUUGGGGGGAACCCAUUGCACUGCAAUUGCGAACUCCUUUGGCUGAGACGGCUCACGCGGGAAGAUGAUUUAGAGACCUGUGCCACACCGUACCAUUUAACAGGACGCUACUUUUGGUCUAUCCCAGAAGAGGAGUUCUUGUGCGAGCCUCCACUCAUCACCCGCCAUACACAUGAGAUGAGGGUUUUGGAAGGCCAACGGGCUACAUUGAGAUGCAAAGCCAGAGGGGACCCAGAACCAGCUAUACACUGGAUUUCACCUGACGGCAAGCUCAUCUCCAACUCUUCCAGGGCACUUGUUUACGAUAAUGGGACGCUUGACAUCCUUAUCACCACUGUGAAGGACACAGGCUCUUUCACGUGCAUCUCUUCCAAUCCAGCUGGGGAAGCCACUCAAAUAGUGGACCUGAACAUAAUCAAGCUCCCCCACUUGAUUAACAGCACAAAUAACAUUCAGGACCCUGACCCUGGUUCCUCAGAUAUAUCCACUUCCACUAAAUCUGGUUCCAACACAAGCAACAACACAGGGGACACAAAGAUAAACCAGGACAAAAGGGUGGUGACUGCAGAGGCAACCUCAUCAACAGCCCUUAUUAAAUUUAAUUUUCAGAGGAACAUCCCAGGUAUCCGCAUGUUCCAAAUCCAAUACAAUGGCACCUAUGAUGACUCCCUUGUUUAUAGAAUGAUCCCUCCCACAAGCAAAAACUUCCUUAUUAAUAACUUGGCUGCGGGAACUAUCUAUGACCUGUGUGUCCUGGCUAUCUAUGAUGAUGGUAUCACCUCUCUCACUGCAACCAGGGUUGUGGGUUGCAUCCAAUUCACAACGGAGCAGGAUUAUGUCCGCUGUCACUUUAUGCAAUCUCAGUUUCUUGGUGGUACAAUGAUUAUUAUUAUUGGUGGGAUCAUUGUGGCAUCUGUACUUGUCUUCAUCAUCAUCCUGAUGAUCCGGUAUAAAGUGUGCAACAGUGGGGAUCCAAACAAGGCCACAAAGGUCAGCAACAUGCACUCCCAAACCAAUGGGUCCCAAGGCCAGGGCUGUGGGGGAUCACUACCCCCCUCAAACUCAAAGCUGGCCUUGGGGCAGGAGGAAAGUGCCCAGUGUCACAAGGCUCUCUACAGAGACACUGUGACACAGUCAUCAGAAACCUGCUCCAUCCCCGAUUGCUCCACCACUACCUCUUUGGUGGCUCAGAACUGGACCUCCAGCACGUCUGGCUCUCCAAAGCCAAAACGUAAGCCUGGGCCAAAGUCAUCUGCUGAGCCCAAGAUUGAUAUUCUGCCCAACGCCGAGACUCAAAACACAAACCGUAAUAACUCCACAGCGUUGCAGCAGCAGCCCAGCCGUUCCCCUCUGAUCCAGCCUAAGCAGAACCCAUCUUUUAAAAGAGCACAAUCCAAGCCCAAUAAAUACCUUACCCUACCAACAGAGAAUCUGAGAGCAAAACGCAGGUAUUCUCUAAAUGAAGACUUUUCUAAGUACAACUACUACAUCAAUUCCCAAAAUCUGGGAAGCUUGUGUUCUAAACGGAGCCUAUCAAUGAAUGGCAUGUUGUUGCAGUUGGAAGGCUCCGAUAAAGAUAGUGGGAAAGCUACGUUCUCAAGUUCGGAGUGGAUACUGGAAAGCACUGUGUGACACAUUAUUUUUUUGCAUCUUUUUAUUUAUUUAGUUUAGUUUUUUUUUUAAAGCUAACAGUGAAGGGAUGUUUGCCUUGCAGGAAUUUGGAAUUCCAUACUUGUCUCAGCUUAUAAAUGCUACUUCCAGCAGGGUUGUCAAUAAACAUCAUUGUGCCCAUGUGGCAUUGUGACAGCAAGCAGACAGCAGCAUUCCUAAUAACAAUGAAAUCAAUAAUAAUGGAAAAAAACAGAAAUGCCGCAAGAGAAAAGCACCAGUGCCUUCCCUUGCAUGAAGAUUGACUUCCUGAUUUGGCAGCAGGAGGAACAAAAUGCAAAUAGGUGUGUGCUAUGGGGGUCUAGGUGUCCAGGGGGGUAGAGGGUGUGGAAAGAUUUCACAAAAGGCCUUUUUACAAAGGAAAUGAAAUUUCCUGGAUAUUAUAGUAAAAAAGAGACUUGUUACGGGAUGUCUUAUUAAAUUGGUAUUUUUUAAAGAAAAAGUCAAGUUUUCUUUAAGUGACAUUGAUAUUGCCAUUAUUUUCAGGCAAAAAAAAAAAAAAAAAAAAAAAAAAAAAGAAAAACCCUGUACAGAAAAAAGAAACAACAACUGCUGUGUUGUUAUGUUGUGUAAAAUAAAAUAUGAAAUAAGUAUACAUAAAUGGUGUCAUUGUGUUGAAUAUGUUUAAUUAUUGAGAGGUAGUUCUUGAGAAAAUAGUUUUCUGAAAGGAUUAGUUUAGGUACCAUUUUUAAUUCUUAUGAAGAUUGGAUUUAACUAUAACUUACUUGUCACUUUGACAAAUAGAUAAAUUCACAUUUUCCCAAGAGUGUGUUAUUUUUAACUACUUGAAUCCCUUAUUUUUUAAGUACAUCAAUCCUGGUGAUUAUAUUAUGGUGGUGCAACCUCAAUUCCAACGUAUGCCUCAACUGUACUGAUUGAAAAAUGUACAAUGGUAUAUACCAUAUUUCUUCGAAUUUAUGACACAGCCCAAAUUUCCCACUCUCAACUUCAGGGGAAAAAAAUCAAAUAAAGAUGCAUUUACUCAUAUAGGAAAACGACGUAUGGAGGCAGUUUGCAGCUGUCUGCUGUCACACAGAGCAUUACAGUUAUGCGCUGCUUCUCAUUUCCACUUGUGAUUACUCACACAAGUUUUUCUCUCUUUUUGUGAACUGUGGUAUUUCUUGGCAAGUAGGAAAAUACAGGGGUCUUAGAACUGAAGCUAAUAAAGAAUCGCUGAAAUUGUAAAAGCUUCUCUUUGAAUUCCUCUGGAAGCUAAUGACACUUUGUGACAGGGAGGACCCUGUCGCUGGUUCACCUGCGCUGCUGCUGUGGUAAACAGGAAGGCUUGCCAGGAGAUGAGCUGAUCGGGAGGUCCUGAUUGGCUGGGGGGCAUGCCCUGGGAGCCUACGCCUUUUUAAGAACACAGCAGUGCCAGUUCACGGUUACUGCACCACGGGCAUAGCUACACAGACUGGCACUGAGCGA